AUGAAUCUACAAAAUGAUAUGUUCGGAGAGAAGUACAUAUAUGACGACAUAUCAGAGAAAAUGCGCGAGGCGAAGGCUAACGCCAUUAUCGACGCGUUCAUUGCGAGUCGUUCUUCAAAACAAGAACUCAGAAUACGAAUCUCGAGAACGGGAUCGCCUGCUUGUCGUGGAGGGGAUGACCGCAGUCUCUUGAGCAUUCAAAGACUGAUCGGUGAAAGUGGAUCCCCCAAAGUCAAGGCGGCGCAUCUCUGGGACAAAUUUCCGAGGGCGAAACUCAUCACCCUGCACAGGAUGGUUGAUUUGGAAGUUCUUUACUCGACCGAGACGGAUACGCUCACAGUGAUUAAUUUCCGGCAGGCGGAACCCUAUCCUCCAGGAGAUCCUGAGGCGAAGGGGUUUUCUGUACGUCCUGCCAGGAAGUUGGUACAUCAAUCGAUACUGUGCUCCAUGUCUUAUUCCUAUGCCUCCUGUGGACCAUCAUGCGAGACGUACACAGGACAAGACACGGCCUUAGAUACAAGCUUCGAUCUCUUCUUCUGUGUGGAGAAUGAGAAUCCAUCUUGGGGACCAUUCGGCUGUCAUCCAACGCUGAAGAGUGGUGCGCUCCGCCUCAUCAAGCCCACCCUGUUCUUAAAGGCCACCUGGAGGAGCCAGGAGCGCUACUCCCUGGCAGCCGGCGCACAUCGAUAG